AUGACGGGUAUCUCUUUUUAAAAUAGCCCUCGUUAAAUUUGUCUACCUCCGACAUGAUGGCAGCUCUGUUCAAUAUUUUUUGAGUUGGUAUUGUUGAGAUUGGAUGGGGGGAAUCGGGAUGCACCUUACCCCAAAAGAAAAUUGUCGGGGGUCUAGUAUUAAUCAAUGUAAAGGGAACGUAAAUGUUUGCAUAUCCGAACAUAUAUAUUUUUUUUUGGGGUUUUGAAUAAAAUUUGACCCCCUAAAGACAGUAAGAAAACCCCAAAUAUAUGUGCAUGGCAUACAGUUUUUGCAUUUGUAGUAGACAAAUUCACCCCUUUUUAACAUUCCACGUAUUAACCCCCAGAGUGAUGUCCGAAACCGGGGAAAAUCUAAUUAGCAUAAAAUAAAAGACCCCCAAAUUAAAUAGUUCAGUUAAGAUAGAUAAUCCGGGGUUUUUUGUUUGUUGCAUUGGAUGCAUCUCGAUCCACCGCUUUUACACCGAUGUCACAUUUGUUCGAGUGCAGGGGACGGCUAGAGCGGUUUUUGUCAGACCAUGAAUUUUAGAAAGUUGGUAUUUAGCCAAUCUGCCAAAUUGCUUUGAGGUCCAAAACAUUUGCUUGGGGGGAAACGUACGUGUUCGGAAAGUAUCAGACCCUUGAUUUUCCCAUUUUUUAGAAAUUGUUGUUUUUCCUCAAAAUUUACACACAAUCCCCAAAAUGACAAAGUAAAAAUGCUUUAAAAAAUGUUGCUAAUUUAUUAAAAAAAAAAAAAAGAAAAUUAAAUUUAAUAAGAUUCAGCCCCCUUCCCCGUACUUUUUUGGGAAAGCAUUUUUGGGCAGGAAAUUUACACCCUCAAGUUUCUGGGUAGACGCUACAAGCGGGGUAACCUUAUUUGGGGAGUUUCUCCCAUUCUUUUGCAGAUAUUAAAAGCUUGUAGGUUGGAUGGGGGGCUUUUGCUCCCACGUUUUUUCAGACUCUCCAGAGAUGUUCGAUGGGGUUUCAAGCCCAGGUUUGGGCUGGGCCACUCAAGGACUUCGGGAGCUUUUUCCGAACCACUGGGUUGCUUGGCUUUUUGGCUUAGGGUCUUGUCUUUUGGGAAAGGGGAAAAACCUUCACCCGGGGCUGAGGUGAUCGGGAGAGGUUUCAUCAAGGAUCUCUCUGUAUUUUGCCUUUCAUUUUGCCUCGAUCCUGACUAGUUCCCAGUUCCAAAUCAUGUAAAACAAUUGUUUUCCCACAGGUGGGACCCAAGCAAGUUGUAGAAAACACUAAAGGAUGAUAAAGGGAAAACAGGGCCCUGACUAAAUUUCGGUCUAAUAGCAAAGGGUCGAAUACUUAUUAAAAAGGAAAUUUCCCGUUUUUUUUUGUAAACUUUCCCAUUUUUUCUAAAAAUUUUUUGCUUUUUUUAUGGAGAUUGUGUGUGAUUUUUUAUUCUUUUUUCUUUUAAAUCAUUUUAAAAAUAAGGCUAAGAAACAAAUUGUGGAAAAAAAAAAGGGGGUUAAUAUUUUCCCGAAGGCAUGUACAUGCGGGGUUUGAUUUUGGACGCCCAAGGCCUCACAAGAGUGUUAAUGUCCCCGUUUACAUUAAAAAAAUGUGGAAUUACUGUAUUUAGAGAUUUUUUAGUUCCAACAAAAAAGGGGGUUAAAAUACAUAAAAAAAAAUACAAAUAAAAAAAAAAAAAUUUCAGAAAACAUUUCAGAACGACUUCCUUUAGAUUUGUUGUUAUUAAUGAUUUGUAAUAAUAGCUAAUAGCUGUCGAUCAAACUUUUUUAAUCAAAUUUGUUUGUCACUUAAGAGGGCUUAAAAUUCAAAUCAAAUAGCAAAAAGAUCCUUGGUGUGACCUUCUUAAAACAAUUUCAUAUAGCUACCCACAAUGCGUUCUGUUCCUAGCGAGUGUUUGUCGGUUUUGUCCGACUGUAAAUACUAAAAAACUGCAUCCCUACAUAGUUACUAUAGGGUGCCAUUAGGGACGCAUUCUAAUUCAGCACUGCGUGAGAUAGAAUGCUCGCCGAAUCCUGCGAUUUGGGGAAAAACACAUGGACGUUAAUGCAUUAAUUAGCGAAUGUAAUAAAUAAAGAAACAAUGUUGUGAAUGAACAUAAAGAGCCGUUAAUUGAAGCCGACAGCUAGUUCCCUUCGAGUGGCACAUCUCCUCUCUGUUUUUGGGGCACUGGGGGUAUAGGGAAGGACUCAUUCCAUCAUUCAUGUUAAUUAAGCAGCUGCCAAACUGUACUGAGGAGAUUGUUGGUGGUGUGGUGUGGGUGGGUGGGUGUGUGGUGGUGAUGUUGGUGGUGUGGGUGGGUGUGUGUGUGUGUGUGUGGUGUGUGUGGUGUGUGGAUGGUGUGUGUGUGUGUGUGUGUGGUGGUGAUUGUUGGCAGUUUAAUAAAUAAGAUGAGAGUGAUGGAUGGUGUUCCCAGUCCCAUCUGGCUGGAGAGAAUACUGAAGAGGAAUUAAUCAACCACAACAUGUCACCCCUGUGGUGUGGUGUGUGUGUGUGGUGUUUGUGUGGUGUGUGUGUGGUGUGUGGAUGGGUGUGUGUGUGUGUGUUUGUGUGGUGUGGGGGUGGUGUGUGGGUGGGUGUGGGAUGGUGUGUGCGUGGUGUGUUGUGUGUGUGUGGUGUUUGUGUGGUGUGUGGAUGGUGUGUGUGGUGUGUGUGGUGUUUGUGUGGUGUGUGGAUGGUGUGUGUCUGUGGUGUGUGUGGUGUGUGGAUGGUGUGUGUGUGUGUGGUGUGUGUGGUGUGUGUGGAUGGUGUGGGUGCGGUUUUGUGGGAGAGUUUGCUUGUGUGUGAUUGUGGUCAUGCUUGUAUGAUUGCCUGGUUGUAAAUAUAUGUUGAGUUUGUAUGUUUAACAGUUAAUACAGAAUAUGUUUUAGGAAGUUCAAGUUUGUUUACUUCAAAACAGUCAUUUGGGUUACAAAACAGUCAUUUGGGUUACAAAACAGUCAUUUAGGUUACAAAACAGUCAUUUGGGUUACAAAACAGUCAUUUGGGUUACAAAACAGUCAUUUAGGUUACAAAACAGUCAUUUGGGUUACAAAACAGUCAUUUGGGUUACAAAACAGUCAUUUGGGUUACAAAACAAUCAUUUGGGUACAAAACAAACAUUUGGGGUUUCAAAAAUCAUUUUUGGGUUUAAAAAAAGUCAUUGGGUUACAAAACAACAUUUGGGUUACACAUUCACAACAAACAAAUAUCCAUGUGGGAGGGGAGUUAAAAUGGCCACUGCCACCCCCCGCGGUGGGGUAUCUGGUUGGUUGUUUAUUUAGGGCAUAGCGUUGUCAGUUUUCCCCCUUUCGUCCCUUUUUACGUGCGUCCUGGGUGCGAUUGGGGGCCGGGGACAGGGGGUGGGGGGGGGCAGCAAAUUUGGCAGUAUCAUCAUUUCUUUUUAAAGGAUAAAGGCGGUCUGCAAAAAAACGUUUUAAGGGCAUGGCCCCACUUGUGGGGUGCAAUCAACAUGGUUGCCAAAUUUUUCUAAAAAAAACAAAUAAAUCCUCUAAUCUAAUAAACCUAAAAACCCCCCAAACCCCCAAACCCAACAUCCCAAAAAUCCAAAAAACCCCCCCAAACCCCACCCCUCCCCAAAACCCCCCAAACCCCCAAACCCCCUCCAUCCUCCCCAAAAACCCCCCCAAAAACCCCCCCCAAACCCCCCCAACUCUUCAAACCCUAUCUCUAUCAUGUGAGACAAUUCAUCCUUGGAUUAUUCAGCAUUAAAAAAAAAACUGUGCAGAUCAGUUUCCCCAUAAAAACCUGUUGCCCCCCCUCCACAAUAACUUCAAACUGGCCCUUUUGUUUUAAAAGUCCGAGUAGUGUUUUACAAACCCUUUUCCAAAAGAAAAACUAUGAAAUAAUUUUAUUUUUCUAUGGGUCCUUUUAACAGCACUUUAGGGGAGCCCGGAUUUUGAAAGGCAUCGAAACAAUGGGGAAGAUAGUAGAGCACCAGUAGACAAUGGUCAGUUACCUGGCUUGUACCAUGGCUGGUUUCCAUGGCUGGUUUCAUGGCGUUUCCCGUAGAACUGGACCCCCGUCCGCAUAGUAAAAUUUACCAAUCUGAUUAUUUUUCUAUAUUUGGGCAUUCUAGUUUUUCUGCACCUGGCAUCCACCAAAACCCAUUUUUCCCCCCCCCCCCCCCCCAAAAAUUCACAUUUUUCCCCAGCCUUAACCGUUCCCCUCCAUUUGGGGAAAAAAAAAAACCCAAUAAAUUAAAACUAACAUUAAAAAAAAUCUAAAGACUUUCACAAAAAACCUUCCAACCCCCGAAAAUAAAAUUUUAUCCAAAAUUUUUUCCGGUACCCCUUUUAUCUUUCCCCCCCCUACAACCAUUUUUACUAAAUUUAAUUACCCUAUCCCCCCAAAAAACAAAAUAUAACCGACACCAGCACACGAACCCCCACCCCCCCCCCCAGCCCACCCCAAAAAGCACCCUCCCAGAGCACCAAAAAAAAAAUGUUCCCUGUAACCGGGGGAAAAGGUCUCCCUGUAACCGAAGGUGCUCCACGGGAAAAAGGACUCACUGAAAAAAAACCCCCGGAAGGACUCCCUGUAACCGCAGGUAGCUCCCGUAACCAGCAGGGGGACUCCACUUAACCGACGUACUCCACUUAACCAGGACAGGUUUUCCACUUACCCCCGGACAGGUUCCCCCAAAACCCCGGGCAGGAGCCCACUGUAACCAGACAGGUAGCUCCAUGAACCGACAGGUAGCUCCCCCGUAACCAAAAAGGUAGCUCACUGUAAUCCAGGACAGGUAGCUCCACUGUAACCAGACAGGUAGCUCCACUGUAACCGGACAGGUAGCUCCACUGUAACCAGAGAGGUAGCUCCACUGUAACCAGACAGGUAGCUCCACUGUAACCAGACAGGUAGCUCACUGUAACCAGACAGGUAGCUCCACUGUAACCAGACAGGUAGCUCACUGUAAUAGGACAGGUAGCUCCACUGUAACCAGGACAGGUAGCUCCACUGUAACCAGACAGGUAGCUCCACUGUAACCAGACAGAUAGCUCCACUGUAACCAGACAGGUAGCUCCACUGUAACCAGACAGGAGCUCCACUGUAACCAGACAGGUAGCUCCACUGUAACCAGACAGGUAGCUCAAUGUAACCGGACAGGUAGCUCCACUGUAACCAGACAGGUAGCUCCACUGUAACCAGACAGGUAGCUCCACUGUAACCAGACAGGUAGCUCGUUAGAUCAUGAGGGCAGGUGUCGCACGACGGGCCAAAUCCAUCUCCAAGGAGACCAUCCGGUAAUCAGUUCUCAUCUCUCGACAUAGCUCCUCGGCAUUUUCCAUAGAAGUGCAUAAGUACAUAAGGAUGAUAUGUCCGGAGUGUGAUGUGUGUAACAAUUGUUCUCUACUAUAUGAACAGAAGGUAGUCAUGAAGACAGAAGUAGUAUGUAUAGAAGGUAUCAUAACAGAAGUAGAAUGAAGAGUAGCUACUUAUUAACAGUAGCUCUGUAACUAGACAGGUAGUCCAUGUAACAGAUCAGGUACUGUUAGAUAGUGAGGCAGGUGUCCAACUGCGCAUCUCUCUCAGGACAUCAGGUAUAGUCUAUCUCUGUACUUAUCUCACCGAUGCUUCGCUAAGCAUGCAUAAGUACAAUAUGAUGACUAGCUUGUUUCUUAUCGUCUAUCUCAUCUCUCUCUCUAUCUCUUCUAUAUCUCUGUCUCUCUUCUCUGUAUUCAGGAUCUAUCUCUAUGAGAUCCUGAGGUCUGCUCUAUAUCAUCUGCUGAGGUGACUAUCUGAGAGCUACGAGGAUCAGAGCGCGUUGCGUCGAUCAGGAUUGAUCUCAUCGCUAUCUCUCUCUUAUUCUUUUGGCUUCUCUUUCUCUCUCUCUGUCUGCUCUCUAUCUAUCUCUCUUCUUCUCGCUCUCUUCUCGUCUCUCUCUCUCUCUCUCUCUCUCUCUCUCUCUAAGUAAAACAAAUGUGUCUAUUACCGAACAGAACGAUAGCAGAAAAGUUUAUUGGAGAAAGUUGCUCAAUUAUUUACGUGCUCAAAUAAUUAAAUUCCACUGUGAGAGAUUAGCAUUAGCCCAACCAAUGAAAAGUCUAGCAUAGCAGUGGGUCGUAGCUGGAUCCUGCAGUUUGCCACCUUAAGUUUUCAAGGGCAGUUUUAUUUUGCUCUUUCUCUAAUGACCAUAGACGCACAAACACACCUGUACACACACACACUCAUUAAUAUACACACACACACACCUGCCCACCCUCCAACCUACACACUCCUCCCAACUCCAACUCAAUAACAGACCCGGAAAAUGACGUAGACCAUCAUCGCGACCGCUAUGCUCGCAAACUAGCUCUCUCGUCUAGGAGCUAUAUCGACUCUCUACUCUUCGGUCUCUCUCUCUCUCCCUCUCUCUCUCUCUCUCUCUCUCUCUCUCUCUCUCUCUCUCUCUCUCCCUAGCGUUCCGCCACAAUGAGUGUCCGGACCCGGGGGUUCCAGUGAACGGGAAGCGGUUUGGUGAGAACCUUCAGCUGGGCAGCUCCAUCUCCUUCCUGUGUGAGGAGGGCUUCGUGAAGACCCAUGGCUCCCAGACUGUCUCCUGUAUCCUGAAGGAUGGAAACGUGGUCUGGGACAACGCUGUGCCUCGCUGUGAAGGUGAGAGAGGAGAGGAGGGGCGGCUUCCUUUCAGGCCAUCACUCUUGCUUUCUUUUCAUCUUUCUGUCAUUCCAUCCCUCUUUCCUCCAUUUUUGCUCUCACGCUGUGAAGGAGACACGCUUCCUCAUCUUUCUCCAUUUAUCUUUCUGUCUGUACGUUUAACAUUUUUCAUUCGUUUAGCAGACGCUCUUAUCCAGAGCAACUUACAAUUAAUUGCAUUGUCUUAAGCUAGCUAGGUGAGACAACAACACAUCACAACUGUAUCAAGUACAUUUUCCCUUAACAGAGUAUUUAUCAGCAAAGUCAGUGCUAGUAAGAAAAGACUAGGGUCUUUUUGUUUUCAUCUGAAAAUCUGUCAGACAUUGUGAGAACUGCUGCUGCAGUUCCUCAAACAGCUUGUUCAUUACUGCUGCUACAGCUCCUCAAACAGCUUGUUCAUUACUGCUGCUGCAGCUCCUCAAACAGCUUGUUCAUUACUGCUGCUACAGCUCCUCAAACAGCUUGUUCAUUACUGCUGCUGCAGCUCCUCAAACAGCUUGUUCAUUACUGCUGCUACAGCUCCUCAAACAGCUUGUUCAUUACUGCUGCUGCAGUUCCUCAAACAGCUUGUUCAUUACUGCUGCUGCAGCUCCUCAAACAGCUUGUUCAUUACUGCUGCUGCAGCUCCUCAAACAGCUUGUUCAUUACUGCUGCUGCAGGUCCUCAAACAGCUUGUUCAUUGCUGCUGCUGCAGCUCCUCAAACAGCUUGUUCAUUGCUGCUGCUGCAGGUCCUCAAACAGCUUGUUCAUUGCUGCUGCUGCAGGUCCUCAAACAGCUUGUUCAUUACUGCUGCUGCAGGUCCUCAAACAGCUUGUUCAUUGCUGCUGCUGCAGCUCCUCAAACAGCUUGUUCAUUGCUGCUGCUGCAGGUCCUCAAACAGCUUGGUUCAUUGCUGCUGCUGCAGCGUCCUCAAACAGCUUGUUCAUUACUGCUGCUGCAGCUCCUCAAAACAGCUUGUUCAUUGCUGCUGCUGCAGUUCCUCAAAACAACUUGGUUCAUUGCUGCUGCUGCAGCUCCUCAAACAGCUUGUUCAUUUCUGCUGCUGCAGCUCCUCAAACAGCUUGUUCAUUACUGCUGCUACAGCUCCUCAAAACAGCUUGGUUCAUUGCUGCUGCUACAGCUCCUCAAACAGCUUGUUCAUACUGCGCUGCAGCUCCUCAAACAGCUUGUUCAUUGCUGCUGCUGCAGCUCAUCAAACAGCUUGUUCAUUACUGCUGCUGCAGUUCCUCAAAACAGCUUGUUCAUUACUGCUGCUGCAGCUCCUCAAAACAGCUUGUUCAUUUGCUGCUGCUGCAGCUCCUCAAAACAGCUUGUUCAUUGCUGCUGCUGCAGUUCCUAGCUGUGCAGUUCUUAAACAGCUUGUUCAUUACUGCUACUGCAGCUCCUCAAAACAGCUUGUUCAUUACUGCUGCUGCAGCUCCUCAAACAGCUUGUUCAUUACUGCUGCCUGCAGCUCCUCAAACAGCUGUUCAUUUACUGCUGCUGCAGUUCCUUCAAAACACUUUGUUAAUUUACUGCUGCUACGCUCCUCAAACAGCUUGUUCAUUGCUGCUGGAGUGAAACGUGCUUUUAUAAGCCCAAUCAUUGUGCAACAAUUCUAAAUCCAAUCGCGUGUUAAAAACAAAUUUUUGAUGGCCACGAUUAAAAAAUAGCUACUAAUUAUUUCUCAACUGGUAAUUGAAGCGUGUUUCCCAUUCACCAUUCAAGUGGACAGACAAUGGUAGACAGGCUUCAGCGCAUCACACACCACUUUGCAAUGAACUGGAGGCAGUAGCAUAUGCAUUUUGAAAACAUACUUAAUUGUUUGAAACCUGAACAUUUUACUUCAUAUUAUGAGGCAUGUCAUACCUUGCUUCAAAGUAGCCUAUUUCUCACUGGCCUAUUUCUCUCACGUUCUAUUGGUUUUCAAAUCAACUUUCUUGCAUUGUCCAGUAGCCAAAGGCACAAUCCUAUUCAUAUUAGCAACCCAUGCUAGUUGUUGCAUCUUUAGAUCUCCUCUCUUUCUAAAUGUCUAAUGGAUAUUUUAAUCUCUGUCACAUGAAACCCCUCACUUGUGCGGUCUGCUUUUGACAACGGUGUUUACCAAAUAUUCCCGCACGUAGCCUACUGCCUUGUGCACAUUGCUGUGCUUAUAAUGUGAAUAAAUAAUAGUUUAUCAACAUUUUAAGCUAAACGUUCUGAACUGUUGCGUCAGCGUCAUUGCUUUAAAAAAAAAGUUGUAUGAAUUUAAAUUUGAAAUUGUUUUGGAAUAGGCUAUUUGUUUCUCGCACAGAACGACAAGCUGACUAAUGGAAUAGGUAGAUUGACGUAGGCUAGUGGUUUUGCGGUUCGUUACUGUUGGCUGAGGAAAAAUGCAUGUGGAAAGCUAUUCUAACAUCUUCAAAGUGUGCAUCGGAAUUUGGUAAGAAGGACAUACCCUGUUGCAUCUUCGAGUUGCAUGUUCUGUUGAAAUGAAUAACCAUCAUCUAAAUGUGAUUUCUGUCAUUCAGAACACUGUGAGUAGACGCCCUAAUCAGUGCAUAUGGGUCGGGUAAAUUUAUAAAAUGUCCAGUAUCACACUUUCCUAACGGAAAACCCUGCCUAAGAGGUGAUACAUAGUUACAUUAAUAUAAGGUAGUUAGCUUAGUGCUAGUUUCUCCUAAGAGUAGGCAAACCUGUUCAGGUGAUUUCUGGUAUAUCAUCAAAAUAACUAAAUCACAGCAUGUGUUUGGACUCAUUUAGCAAUUUUACCUGAUUAGGUACAAUACCAUUGGAAAUGAAGGUUGAAAGUUCAAUUAAUAUUCCUAAAGUUGAAAAUUAUGCUGUCGCUGCAUCCUGUUGACAAGACAUUUUGAGAAAUAGCCCAGUGUCAAAACACAGUUUUAACGUGUCCAAAUCAAUAACCAAUAUGCAGAAACAGUUUGUGACAUCUUGAAAGCCUAAACAUACAGUGCCUUCAGAAAGUAUUCAUACCCCUUGAAUUAUUCCACAUUUUGUUAUGUUACAGCCUGAAUUCAAAAUGGUUUAAAUAGGAUGUAUUAUUAUCUACACACAAUACCCCAAAAUGACAAAGUGAAAACGUGUUUUUAGACAUUUUUGCAAAUGCAUUGAAAAUAUCUAAUUUACAUAAGUAUUCCCACCACUGAGUCAAUACUUUGUAGAAGCACCUUUGGCGGCGAUUACAGAUUUGAGUUAUCUUGGGUAUGUCUAUAUAUUUGGGGAUUUUUUCCCAUUCUUCCUUACAUAUUUUCUCAUGCUCUGUUAAGUUAGAUGUGGAGCGCCAGUGAACAGCAAUCUUCAAGUCUUUCCACACAUUUUCAAUGGGAUUCAAGUCUGGGCUUUGGCUGGGCCACUCAAGGACCUUCACUUAAUUUUUCUGAAGCCAUUCCAGCGUUGCUUUGGCUGUGUGCUUGGGGUCAUUGUCCCAUUGGAGAGUAAAUCUUCGUUCCCAGUCUAAGGUCGUUUGCUCUCUGAUGUAGGUUCUCGUUAAGAAUUUGCCUGUAUUUGGUUCCAUUCAUUGUUCCCUCUAUCCUUACCAGUCUCCCAGUCCCUGCUGCUUAAAAGCAUCCCCAUAGCAUGAUGCAGCCACCACCAUGCUUCACGGUAUGGAUGGUGUUAGACGGGUGAUAAGCUGUGCCUGGUUUUCUCCAGACAUAGCGCUUUGCAUUCCGGCCAAAUAGUUACGUUUUUGUCUCAUCAGACCACAAAAUCUUUUGCCUUAUGAUCUCAGAGUCUUUCACGUGCCUUUUUGCGAACUCCAGGCGAGCUGUCAUGUGCCUUUUUCUCAAGAGUGACUUCCGUCUGGCCACUCACCCAUAAAGUCCAGAUUGGUGAAGUGCUGUAGACAGUUGUGCUUCUGGCAGGUUCUCCCAUCUUAGCCGAGGAACUCUGUAGUUCUGUCAGAGUGGUCAAUGGGUUCUUGGUCACCUCCCUGACCAAGGUCCUUCUUGCCCGGUUGCUCAGUUUAGUCGGACGGCCAGCUCUAGGCAGAGUCUGGGUAGUUCCAUAUUUUUUUUCCAUUUCCUAAUGAUGGAGACCACUGUGCUCUUGGAAACGUUCAACACUCUAGAAAUAGUUUUAUACCCUUCCCCAGAUAUGUGCCUCAUCACAAUUAUAUAUCUGGGAGCUCUACGGACAGUUCCUUGGACUUCAUGGUAUAGUUUCUGCUCUGAAGAUGUUUUCUUUUUUUCCUGAAUCGUGUCCAAACAAUUGAAUUGGCCACAGGUGGACUCCAUUCAAGUUGUGGUGACAUCUCAAGGAUGAGCAAAGGAAAUUGGAUGCACCUGAGCUCAGUUUGGAGUGUCAUAGCAAAGGGGUGUGAAUACUUACAGUGCCAGUCAAAAGUUUAGACACACCUACUCAUUCAAGGGUUUUUCUUUAUUUUUACUAUUUUCUACAUUGUAGAAUAAUAGUGAAGACAUCAAAACUAUGAAAUAACACAUGUGGAAUCAUGUAGUAACCCAAAAAGUGUUAAACAAAUCAAAUUAUAUUUUCGAUUUUGAUUAUUCAAAGUAGCCAACCUUUGCCUUGAUGACAGCUAAUCAUAUUUAUUUUUAUUUUUUGAACGAGCAUCUUAUUAACUGCACAAUCACCAAAAACCCUGUUGUUUUGACAAGUGGAAAUAAAUCACUGAUAUCGAUUAGGGGGGAAAUCAGGUUGUGUGCGCUGUUUGAAUCUACCACAACUCAAAAACCACAUGGAAGCGUGAGAUAAUUUUACAUCACUGGUUAGAGGACAACCUUUCUGGGUGAUUUAAAUAUUGACUGGCUUUCAUCAGGCUGCCCUCUCAAGAGAAAGCUCCAAACUGUACUAUGCAUACUGAAGGAUAUCAACACUGACAAGGGUUGGCUGUUAUUUAAGUGAGUUUGAUUCUCAAAUCGAUGUAUUGGUGUGUAGCCAGCAUAUUUUAUACAGAGAGCGCCCCAGAUUUUAUGUGCCAUUUGAGCUUAAAAAUGAUAAUGGCGUUCUGAAUCCUGCAACGGACAGGCGGGUAUAACAAAAUCAACAACACCAAACCAAAUAUAUUAAUCUGUUUAAAGAAGUCGAUUUAAUGUGUUCGUGAUGAGAGUCAACUUUUAUAUUAACAAUCUGAAGAAAAAUCUAAUUCCACUCAAUUUUUGUGGUGCAAAAGAUUGUGUUAUGUAGAAACAUAAGGAAAUUAACGUAAUAUAACAUCAUGAAAUAUGUCAAAAUAAUUCAAUGAGCCGUUGAUACCUGUAUUUUUAACCAAUUAGUAGUAAUAACGUGUAUACCUGUAUAAUCAGCCUGAUUGGCAGUAAUAACUUGUAUACCUGUAUAAUCAGCCUGAUUGGCAGUAAUAACUUGUAUACCUGUAUAAUCAGCCUGAUUGGCAGUAAUAACUUGUAUACCUGUAUAAUCAGCCUGAUUGGCAGUAAUAAAAUUGUUUUACAUGUAUAAUCAGCCUGAUUGGCAGUAAUAACUUGAUACUGUAUAAUCAGCCUGAUUGGCAGUAAUAACUUGUAUACCUGUAUAAUCAGCCUGAUUAGCAGUAAUAACGUGUAUACCUGUAUAAUCAGCCUGAUUGGCAGUAAUAACGUGUAUACCUGUAUAAUCAGCCUGAUUGGCAGUAAUAACUUGUAUACCUGUAUAAUCAGCCUGAUUAGCAGUAAUAACGUGUAUACCUGUAUAAUCAGCCUGAUUGGCAGUAAUAACUUGUAUACCUGUAUAAUCAGCCUGAUUGGCAGUAAUAACGUGGGAUACCUGUAUAAUCAGCCUGAUUGGCAGUAAGAACGUGUAUACCUGUAUAAUCAGCCUGAUUGGCAGUAAUUUUAAUGUAUACACUGUAUAAUCAGCCUGAUUAAGCAGUAAUAACGUGUUAUACCUGUGAUAAUCCAGCCUGAUUGGCAUGUAAUAAACUUGUAUACCUGUAUAAUUCACCUGAGUGGCACUAAUAACUUGUAAUACCUGGAUAAUCAGCCUGAUUGGCACUAAUACCUUGUAUACCUGUAGAAUCAGCCUGAUUGGCAGUAAAUAACUGUUAUAACCUGUAUAAUCAGCCUGAUUGGCAGUAAUAAACGUUUAUACCUGUAAUAAUCAGCCUGAUUGGCAACUAAUAACUUGUAUACCUGUAUAAUCAGCCUGAUUGGCAUAAUAACUUGUAUACCUGUAUAAUCAGCCUGAUUGUGCAGUAAUAACGUGUAUACCUGUAUAUCAGCCUGAUUGGCAGUAAGAACGUGUAUACCUGUAUAAUCAGCCUGAUUGGCAGUAAUACUUGUAUACCUGUAUAAUCAGCCUGAUUAGCAGUAUAACGUGUAUCCUGUAUAAUCGCCUGAUUGGCAGUAUAACUUGUAUACCUGUAUAAUCACCUGAUUUGGGCCAAUAAUAAACUUUGGUCAUACCUGUAUAAUCAGCCCUGAUUGGCACGAAUAACUUGUAUACCAUGUAUAAAGCCAGCCUGAAUUGGACAGUAAUAACUUGGUUAGACCCUGGAUAAUCAGCCUGAUUGGCAGUAACAGACAGUGUAUAAACCGUGAUACUGAAUCAGCCUGAUUGGCACUAUAACUUGUGUAACCGAUGUAUAAUCAGCCUGAUUGGGCGAGUAAUAAUCUUGUAUACCUGUAUAAUCAGCCUGAUUGGCACUAAUAACUUGUAUACCUGUAUAAUCAGCCUGAUUGGCAGGUAAUAACCUUGUAUACCUGUAUAAUCAGCCUGAUUGGCAGUAUAACUUGUAUACCGGUUAUAUAAUCAGCCUGAUUGGCCAGUAAGUAACUAAGUAGUAAUAACUAGAUACCUGUAUAAUCAGCCUGAUUGGCCACUAAUGAAAAAAAAAUCUUGUAUACCUGUAUAAUCAUAGUCACUGAUUGGCGAGUAAUAACGUUGUAUACCUGUAUAAUCGCCUGAUUGGCAUAAUACUUUGUAUACCUGUAUAAUCAGCCUGAUUGGCAGUAAUAACUUGUUAUUGGUUAGGAUGUUAUUACAGUGACAAUGGCAGAAAGUGUCUGUCUGUCUGUCUGUCUGUCUGUCUGUCUGUCUGUCUGUCUGUCUGUCUGUCUGUCUGUCUGUCUGUCUGUCUGUCUGUCUGUCUGUCUGUCUGUCUGUCUGUCUGUCUGUCUGUCUGUCUGUCUGUCUGUCUGUCUGUCCGUCCGUCCGUCCGUCCGUCCGUCCGUCCGUCCGUCCGUCCGUCCAGGUUCUUAGGGGGGACCACCUAAAAGACACUCCAACUGAAACCUUAUCUCUCUCACACAGAGAUGUACAUAUGUUUGAACAUGUUGUCUGUUGUGGGGUGAUCUAAGUGGUUUAUGUUUAAUUAAGGUAAUAUAUACAGUAUGCCACUAUGUCAGCUUAGUGUUGUUGGCACAGAUUUAUGUUAUUCAAUGACAUUUAGAAAAAUUGACAUGGGCACAUUAGCAAGCAGGCAUGUCUCAUAUCAUAUACCAUUGUGUAUUGAUCAAAGUGGUUUUCUGUUCAGUGUGAUUUAUGUUAAUCAAGGACAUUUGCACAUUUGCUAGAACACACACACACACACACACACCCCACACACACACACACAAACACACACAAACGCACCCACAUACACACACUUGCCUCCCCCCUUCCACCCUCCCCCUUCCACCCUCCCCUUCCACCCUCCCCCUUCCACCCUCCCCCUUCCACCUCCCCUUUCCUGCCACCCACCCACUCAGUCUCUGAAGUAAUGUUUGGCCUUGAGCGCCAGUAAUGGUCAACCAUUUCCAUGACAUGACAGUGGACGCAUUGAACACAGUGGACUCAGUGAACACAGUGGACACAUCCAUGACUGAGAUGUACUGUAUAAUAUGCCCUCUGUCUCUGUCUCCACCUCUCCCUCUCUUCCCUUUCAUCUCUCUCAAUCCUUCUCCCCCCCCUUCACCCUCUCCCUCCUCUCCCCCCCCAAUCUCUCCAUCUCCCCUCCUCUCCCCCCCUCAUCUCUCCCCUCUCUCCUCUCCUCCUCUCCCACUCCCCUCCUCUUUCCUCUUCCUCUUCCUCUUCCUCUCCACCCCCCGCCCCCCCCCCCCCCACCUAUUCUCCUCCCAUGUUCCUCAGCUCCGUGUGGGGGUGAUCUGAAGGCUCCUAGUGGUAUCAUCCUGUCCCCUGGUUGGCCAGAGCUCUAUAAGGAGGCCCUUAACUGUGAGUGGGUCAUCGAGGCUCCGCCAGGAUACCCCAUCAAGAUCAUCUUUGAUAAGUGAGUCAGGACACAACACUGGGCUCUUCCUGUCUACCUCUCUUCCUGUCUACCUCUCUUCCUGUCUACAUCUCUUCCUGUCUACCUCUCUUCCUGUCUGCCUCUCUUCCUGUCUACCUCUCUUCCUGUCUACCUCUCUUCCUGUCUACCUCUCUUCAUGUCUACCUCUCUUCCUGUCUGCCUCUCUUCCUGUCUACCUCUCUUCCUGUCUGCCUCUCUUCCUGUCUACCUCUCUUCCUGUCUACCUCUCUUCCUGUCUACCUCUCUUCAUGUCUACCUCUCUUCCUGUCUGCCUCUCUUCCUGUCUACCUCUCUUCCUGUCUACCUCUCUUCCUGUCUACCUCUCUUCAUGUCUACCUCUCUUCCUGUCUACCUCUCUUCCUGUCUACCUCUCUUCCUGUCUACCUCUCUUCCUGUCUACCUCUCUUCAUGUCUACCUCUCUUCCUGUCUACCUCUCUUCCUUUAUUGUCCUUCAUUCUGCCUCUCUCUCUUUUCCAUCUUGUCCUACAUUAUUUCCUCUAUCUCCUCUGUAGCUCUUUCACCUCACUUCAGGAUGCUUUCAAUUUAAGCACAACAUAUUCUUCCAAAACAAAAAAAUUAUGCUGCUUUCCACAUUGCUUCUAAAUAUGAAUCCAGAUGUUUUCUCUAUUAUACUAUUAGUUUGUGUAUCUAGCUCUAAUAGUAUUCUAUUAUAAUUCUAUUAAAAUGUCUAAUUAUCUAAUACUCAGAUUCCUGUUCACCCAUUGGUUGUUCCCUCAGAUUCCUGUUAACCCAUUGGUUGUUCCCUCAGAUCCCUGUUUACCCAUUGGUUGUUCCCCCAGAUUCCUGUUAACCCAUUGGUUGUUCCCCCCAGAUUCCUGUUAACCCAUUGGUUGUUCCCCCAGGUUUCGCACUGAGGUAAACUAUGACGUGCUGGAGGUGCGUGACGGCCGGUUCCCCUCCUCGCCUCUGAUUGGUAGUUACCAGGGUACCCAGGUGCCCCAGUUCCUCAUCAGCACCUCCAACUUCCUGUUCCUUCUCUUUUCCACCGACAAGAGCCACUCGGACAUCGGCUUCCGCAUCCGCUAUGAGAGUAAGACUUUGUGUGUGUUGUUUUGUAGGUGUCUACAUCUUAGCCACAAACCAGUAGACAUUGGUGAUAACUACUAAUGGGUCCAGAACAACCAUUUGAGAAACUCUGAAACUAUCCCUACCUUUCUUCCUCUCCUCAAUGACAAAAAAGUAUAACCAAAUAUGUUCCAGAUUAGUCUGUUUUACCUAACAGAGCCCACCGUUACAAAUAACCUGCCGAUAAUGUAUACGUGACCGACCGGCUCGAUUCGGUCUUAUGUAGCAACAUUUGAAAAAAAAAAGUAGCGACUCUGAGCUAGAAAAUUGUAUAUCAUACACUACAGUUGAGGAACAAUGGGAAAGUAAUUCUGCUUUGAAAGUUGAUAAACUUGUAACCCCACUUUUGAGAAAAUGGCCUUUGAUUGUUUUGGUACACCCAUUGGAGAGCUCUUCUUUGUCUACACCCAUUCAGCAUCGUUCACACCCGUUUAAAUGUUAGCCCCACCCAUCUCUUUAAGGAUUCACAUGUGAGGCCAUGUGCUAAAAAGAGUGAGUACGGUAGUGUUCUAAACAACCAAGGAUUCCAAGACUAAAGGCUGGUUUAUACUCCGUCUAUCGACAUGAACAUUCUAUUGUCGUCCGAUGUUAAACUUGUCAUUGUCGUUAUGAAAAAGUAUGAAUAGAAAAACGACAGACUUUAUGACAUCAGCAGCCUGGUGGUCCAAAAUAGCAUAACUGGGUAUUUUAACACCAAUAAACCCAUCUGUUUAAAAGUUAAUUUAGUAUAUGUCAAUCUAGCAAACCAGACAACUAAAAGCAACUUUCUUAACACUGUUUUGGUUUGUUUCUUGCUUGUUAGCUAGCUAGCUAACGUUAAGUCAACUGGUUAGCCAGUUCAAGUAAUGACCAUAUCAUGUAGCUGACAACGUCUUAACUUUAGCUAAUUUGUAUUCAUUAUUACAGGAAAAUAAACUCACAACAAUAUAAUUAUUUACAAGUUAAUGAAAACUAAUUACAAAAAAUAGCUUCCGGUUGUGAGUGUGAUGAAAUAAAAGCAGGGUGUUCUACCAGAGAAUUCUAGAACUUGGACACUGUCUCAUUGGCCUAACGUUAUAUCCUAAUCUGACUUUGGUGCAGGUCAUGUUGUUCUUCACAUUACCGUCUCUGGUAAACACACACUAUAUAAAAUAAAAUCUAAGUUUAUUUGUCACAUGCACAGGAUACAGAAGGUGUAGAGUGGCGCAGUGGUCUAAGGCACUGCAUCGCAGUGCUAGCUGUGCCACUAGAGAUCCUGGUUCGAAUCCAGGCUCUGCUGUAGCCGGCCGCAACCGGAGACCAAUGGGACGGCGCACAUUUGGCCCAGCAUCGUCCAGGGUAGGGGAGGGAAUGGCCGGCAGGGAGGUAGCUCAGUUGGUAGAGCAUGGCGUUUGCAACACCAGGAUUGUGGGUUCGAUUCCCAUGGGGUAUGAAAAAAAUAUAUAAUAAUAAUAAUGUAUGCACUAACUGUAAGUCGCUCUGGAUAAGAGCGUCUGCUAAAUGAUGUAAAUGGUACAGUGAAAUGGUUACUUGCAUAGUGUAGUAUUUUGUUUAGCCAUGUAGCUAGCUAGCUAAACAAUGAACCAUAAUCCCAACUCAUAACGCUACUAACCUGCAUGAAUCUACAGGUAGCUAAAGCUAACCAAAUAGGUUCAAUGUUAGCUAGCUAGCUAACAUUAGUCUAUAACUUGCAAUGCAAAUGGCUCUGAGAUACGAAUAAUGUUACUACACAGCUCAGACGCAUAACAUUAGCUAGCUAGCAAACAGUACGCUUUAACUUGCAAUGAAAACGACUUUCUGACUAAAUUAGAAAUGCAUAAUAUCUGAAAAUGUAGCUAGCUAGACUCUCUUACCCGUAUACAUGGAUGGACGCUUCUCCCUCUCUGACACGGAUGCCAUGGUUGCCCUUAGUUUGAAGAUGUAAUCCGGAGACAGGUGUUUUAUACAACAGCCUUCUGUUCUCUUUUCGACUCCCUCCACAUUUGCAAUCAAACGCCUUCAUUUUUUCAUCGCAUUAGCUAUCAUACUCUGCUUCCACUUGGCAUUCCACUGAUUUCAAAACUCGGUCCUCCAGAAAGUGUAGAGCCUUAGCAACUCUUUUGAAAUUCUUCAUGAUAUCUUUCAAAAAUGUCGCGUUAGAAAGGAUUACCAGCUCAUGUUAUAGACAGAAGUGUGCUACAUGGCAGACCAAUCCGAUCUCAUCUCUCAGCAUUAUCUCAGCCAAUCAUGGCUAGCGGGAAGUCUUCUGUCUUUUUCCGUGGCUAAAGCCAACUACGCUCGUAAUUUAACAAUUGUAUUCGUAAUUACAGAUGUCAUACAAGUUUGUUAUUAAGGCCCAUAAAAGUUCACAUUACCCAGAAGGCUUUUCUGCCCAAAAAUGCAUCAUAUAAAAAAAAAAGGUUUACCUUCAAAUGCCUCUCCUGUGAAGUAGUGACGCCUAGUUUCCUGAAACUAGUCACAUAUGGUAUUGCUAUUCUACUGCUAUAAUCAUGCCAGGUCCCUGACUGAGCUAUAAUCAUGCCAUAUAAUAUAAUCAUAGUAAUCAUAUUAAUGAGGUGGUAUUAAUGAAGUGAUAUUAAUGAGGUGAUAUUAAUGGGGUGAUAUUAAUUAGGGGAUAUUAAUAAGGGGAUAUUAAUUAGGGGAUAUUAAUAAGCUGAUAUUAAUAAGGUGAUAUUUAUGAGGUGGUAUUAAUGAGGUGGUAUUAAUGAGGUGGUAUUAAUGAGGUGGUAUUAAUGAGGUGGUAUUAAUGAGAUUAUAUUAAUGAGGUGAUAUUAAUGAGGUGGUAUUAAUGAGGUGGUAUUAAUGAGAUUAUAUUAAUGAGGUGAUAUUAAUAAGGUGAUAUUUAUGAGGUGGUAUUAAUGAGGUGGUAUUAAUGAGGUGUAUUAAUGAGGUGGUAUUAAAACCAUCAUCACUGUGGGCUCUCUUGUCUCUGUGCAGACAUCUCAAUCCCAACAUUUACAAUGAUCUAAUAAUUACUGGGUUGAUUUUACUGUAAGAUAACCCUGUCACACACAAUCUCGCAUGGGGCCACGAAUACACACACACACAAACACCUUUAAAAACAGUGUCAUCUUGGAGGACUAGGUGAGAGUUAAAGUUUUUUAAAAUCUUUUUAUACCUGACUCAACUUAGUAACCCUUAGUCACACCACCGGUCUCUGCUUUAAUAAUUCACCAUGGCUACUGCACCACUCAGACAGAAACAAGGAAAGGUAUGUGUGGGGGUGAGAUCACUUUUAGUUGGCCCCUGUAUUCAAAACAAAACCUGACAGGAAGUUGUAUUCAAAACAAAACCUGACAGGAAGGUGAAAUCAAAACGAAACCUGACAGGAAGUUGUAUUCAAAACAAAACCUGACAGGAAAUUGUAUUCAAAACAAAACCUGAAAGGAAGUUGUACAGAAGUUUUAGGCACUCUACUUCCUAUGGACCGUGGUCAAAAGUAGUUUACUUUACUUUACUUUACUCUAAUGUAUUAUGCGACCAUUAAAAACAAAACGAAAACAAGCACACAUAAAACUUCAAAAAAACAUACAUGCACAUGAGUAAAUGGUCAAGGAUACCCCACAAAACAGUCUGGGACUUAUUUCCAUAAUGGUCGUCUUACUGUAGAGGGUUAAUGCCUUUAAGCACAUCAGGACCUCUUAGAUAUUCAGUAUGACUCAAUCAGUAUAGAUGGUAUUGUGGCAUAGGGAAGAGGGGUGUGUGUGUAAUAACCCCUGUGUGUGUUUGUGUGUGUGUGUGUGUCUGUGUGUGUGUGUGUGUAGUAACCCCUGUGUGUGUGUGUGUGUGUGUGUGUGUGUCUGUGUGUGAGUGUGUGUGUGUGUGUAGUAACCCCUGUGUGUGUGUGUGUGUGGUGGUGUAUGUGUGUAGUAAUCCCUGGUGUGUGUGUGUGUGUUGGUGUGUGUGUGUGUUGUGUGUGUGUGGUGUGUGUGUGUGUGUGUGUGUGUGUGGUGUGUUGUGUGUGUGUGUGUGUGGUGUGUGGUGUGGUGUGUGUGUAUGUGUGUAGUAACCCUGGUGUGUGGUGUGUGUGUGUGUGUGUGGUGUGUGUGUAUGUGUGUAGUAAACCCCUGUGUGUUGUGUGUGUGUGUGUGUGUAGUGACUGUGUUUGUGUGUGUGUGUGUGUUGUGUGUGGUGUGUGUGUGUGUGUGUGUGUGUGUGUGGUGUGUGUGUGUGUGUGUGUGUGUGUGUGUGUGUGUGUGUGUGUGUGAUAACCCCUGUGUGUGUGUUUUCCUCCUCAGCUCUACAGCUACAGUCAGAUCACUGUGUCGACCCUGGCAUCCCUGUCAACGGCCAACGCCAUGGCAACGACUUCUACGUGGGUGCCUUGGUAACGUUCAGCUGUGAUGCGGGGUACUCCCUUAGCGACCUGGAGCCCCUGGAGUGCGAACCCAACUUCCAGUGGAGUCGACCCCUACCCGGCUGUGAUGGUACGGCCCAAUUCUGAAUUCUGUUCACAAAAUUACCCCCCCCCCCAGGUUACUUCCAGGUGGAAGUUGCCCGUAUCAUACAGUAAAGGAUAAUAGGAUAAUCUUAUGACUUCCCAAUAUCUACCUUUAUCCAAUGGGGGGGAAACUUGAAACGGAACCCUAAAUCAGUGUUUAGGGCCAUGCUGUGUAGCGUCCGAAUGGCAGCGUUUUCUCAGUACUUUCUCAGUAUUUUCAUAUUUAAGGGACAAUUCUUACCCUUUAGAGUUUCUCUUCUUAUUUCACUAUAAAGGCUUUUAUAUUUAUGGCCAGUAUUGAUUUCCUCCUCCUGUAUGAUGAUAUUGCCCUCUCUGUUUAUGUCCUUCAGAAGGGCACUGAUAGUAAACUGGAUUUAGUGCAUGGUGAAACCGGUGUACAUUUCAUUACGUAUAGUUUAGUACCAACAAUUUUCUGCUAGGAGUUCAAGAGAGAGGAGCGAGCAGAGCUCGAGAUAAAGAGAGAGAGAGAGAGCAUAUAGCUAGUAGCUGGAGAGCCUACUAUCUAUCUAGAGCUCGUAUCUCUCUUAUCUCUGCUUCGCUAUCUAUAUAUAUCUCUCUCUAUCUCUCUAUCUUCUCUCUAUAUCUCUCGUCUCCCUCUCUCCCUCUCUCUCCAGCGUUGUGUGGAGGUUAUAUCCAGGGUAACACCGGUACCAUCCUCUCUCCGGGGUUUCCAGACUUCUAUCCUCACAACCUCAACUGCACCUGGAUGAUUGAAUCCUCCCAUGGCAAAGGUGAGCAUGCCCACUACUGUCUGCAUGCUGUUCACCUCCAGUCUAAUUCAAUUUCACUGACAAUGUCAUUUCACUUAUUUACAUUUACAUGUUAGUCAUUUAGCGGACGCUCUUAUCCAGAGAGACUUUUUUUUCUGCUCAUACUGGCCCCCCGUGGGAAUCAAACCCACAACCCUGGCACUUAUCGGGUCCUGUAGAGAAUGCUGGUACAUCCCUGCACCGCUGCUACCCAACCCCCCAUCACAUCACUAUUAGUACCCUCUUCAUAAAGUAUCUUGGUUACCCAACCCCCCAUCACAUCACUAUUAGUGCUGUUACCUCUUCAUAAUGUAUCUUGGUUACCCAACCCCCCAUCACAUCACUAUUAGUGCUGUUACCUCUUCAUAAAGUAUCUUGGUUACCCAACCCCCCAUCACAUCACUAUUAGUACCUCUUCAUAAAGGAUCUUGGUUUACCCAAACCCCCCAAUCACAUCACUAUUAGUACCUCUUCAUAAAGUAUCUUGGUUACCCAACCCCCCCAUCACAUCACUAUUAGUACCUCUUCAUAAAGUAUCUUGGUUACCCAACCCCCCAUCACAUCACUAUUAGUGCUGUUACCUCUUCAUAAAGUAUCUUGGUUACCCAACCCCCCAUCACAUCACUAUUAGUACCUCUUCAUAAAGUAUCUUGGUUACCCAACCCCCCAUCACAUCACUAUUAGUGCUGUUACCUCUUCAUAAAGUAUCUUGGUUACCCAACCCCCCAUCACAUCACUAUUAGUACCACGGCAGGGGUAGGCAGCUAGAUUCGACCUCGGGACGUUUCUGUCUGAGUGAAUAGUCAGGGGGCCGGAACAGAAUUAUAAUAAUUGAUACACUGCAAAUUGACCACAGCCUGAAAAGAGAUAACAAUCAUUUCAUACCUUUAUUACACUGAUACACGAUCACAUCUUUUUUUUGUGUGUGGGAAUACAGAUUUCCUAAAUCAAUGAAAUGUUUAGCUGAAUUCCUGGUGAUUUGACAGUCUUUUUUUUAAACCAAAAUACCACUCAGUCUUUUUUUUACCGUCAUACCACUCAGGAAGGAGACGCGCUCUGUCUCCUAGAGAUGAACGUACUUUGGUGUGAAAAGUGCAAAUCAAUCCCAGAACAACAGCAAAGGACCUUGUGAAGAUGCUGGAGGAAACAGGUACAAAAGUAUCUAUAUCCACAGUAAAACGAGUCCUAUAUCGACAUAACCUGAAAGGCCGCUCAGCAAGGAAGAAGCCACUGCUCCAAAACCGCCAUAAAAAAGCCAGACUAGGUUUGCAACUGCACAUGGGGACAAAGAUUUUGGAGAAAUGACCAUCGUUAUGUUUGGAGGAAAAAGGGGGACUUGCAAGCCGAAGAACACCACCCCAACCGUGAAGCACGGGGGUGGCAGCAUCAUGCUGUGGGGGUGCUUUGCUGUAGGAGGGACUGGUGCACUUCACCAAAUAGAUGGCAUCAUGAGGAAGGAAAAUGAUGUGGAUAUAUUUAAGCAACAUCUCAAGACAUCAGUCAGGAAGUUAAAGCUUGGUCGCAAAUGGGUCUUCCAAAUGGACAAUGACCCCAAGCAUACUUCCAAAGUUGUGGCAAAAUGGCUUAAGGACAACAAAGUCAAUGUAUUGGAGUGGCCAUCACAAAGCCCUGACCUCAAUCCUAUAGAAAUUUUGUGGGCAGAACUGAAAAAGCGUGCGCGAACAAGGAGGCCUACAAACCUGACUCAGUUACACCAGCUCCGUCAGGAGGAAUGGGCCAAAAUUCACCCAACUUAUUGUGGGAAGCUUGUGGAAGGCUCCUCGAAACGUUUGACCCAAGUUAAACAAUUUAAAGGCAAUGUUACCAAAUACUAAUUGAGUGUAUGUAAACUUCUGACCCACUGGGAAUGUGAUGAAAGAAACAAAAGCUGAAAUAAAUCAUUCUCUCUACUAUUAUUCUGACAUUUCACAUUCUUAAAAUAAAGUGGGGAUCCUAACUGACCUAAGACAGGGAAUUCUUACUCGGAUUAAAUGUCAGGAAUUGUGAAAAACUGAUUUUAAAUGUAUUUGGCUAAGGUGUAUGUAAACUUCCAACUUCAACUGUAUAUACAUAUAUACGUAUAUAUAUAUAUCCUCCCCCACCAGGAAGAGUGUAGCUGACUCUUCUCUCCCUCUCUCCUCCCCCACCAGGAAGGGUGAAGCUGACUCUUGUCUCUCUCUCUCCUCCCCCACCAGGAAGGGUGUAGCUGACUCUUGUCUCUCUCUCUCCUCCCCCACCAGGUGUCCAGUUCACCUUCCAUACAUUCCACCUAGAGUCUCCCCACGACCACCUGUUGGUGACGGAGAACGGCAGCUUCCCCGAGCCCCUGUGGAGACUAACAGGCUCAACACUGCCCCCCACCCUCAGUGCAGGCCUGUAUGGGAACUACACCGCUCAGAUACGCUUCCUUUCAGACUUCUCUGUCUCCUACGAGGGAUUCAACAUCACCUUCUCAGGUAGGGUUUUGGGGCUUGGGCCUCUGCGUGUGUUUGAAAGAGAAACUUCGACACAGCUAUAACUGUAGAAGCAUGGCUUCUUAUCCGUCUCGAAGGGCCAUGAAAUACAGCUAUAAACCUUGACAGACGAUUAUUGUGAGAUUUUGGGGAAUACUGAGAGAAUAGCCUAUUGUAUGAUGUAAUGUAUUUGGGGAUCGACCAAAAAACAAAUAUGAGUGUAUGUGUGUAUCUGUGUGCCUCCCUAUCCGGCUAGAAAGAACAUGAAACUAGCCUGGUCCCAGAUCUGUUUAUUUUGUCUUCUGACUGUAAGUCGCUCUGGAUAAGAGCGUCUUGCUAAAUGACUAAAAAUGUAAACGUCACACUACCAGAUGAGUUGACCACUCAGCACAUAGCGAUCUGGUACCAGGCUAGUUUCACGGUCCUUGGAACCAGAUAGGAAGACAGGCUACCAUUGAAAUGGAGCUACUAAGUCGCUCUUGUCACGAUCGUUGAGAGACGGGUCAGACCAAGGUGCAGCGUGGUAUGCGUACAUAUUUAUUAGUGAAGAUAAAACACUCAAAAAAAAAAAAAAAAAAAAAAGCGACGAAAACGUGAAGUCCUAUGGGCUAUACACGAAACAAGCCAAACAGGAACACAAACAUAGAGUUUCACACCCUGACCAAACUACCUAGAGAAUAGCAGUCUCUCCAGGUCAGGGCGGGACAGCUCUGGAUAAGAGUGUCUUGCUAAAUGACUAAAAAUGUAAACGGUCACACUACCAUAUCAGUUGACCACACAGCACAUACUGAUCAAUGAUUACAUCAAACUUGUGACUCUACAAACUUGUUGGACUCAUUUGUUGUUUGUUUAUGGUUGUUGUUUCAGAUUAUUUUGUGCCCAAUAGAAAUGAAUGGUAAAUAAUGUAUUGUGUCAUUUUGGGGUCACUUUUAUUGUAAAUAAGAAUAUAAUAUGUGGUAACACCUUGACACUCAGUGGCAUAACCAUGUCAUAAUAUGUCAUAACAGCUGUCAUAACCUGUCAUAAUAUGGUCAUACCACUGUCAUGACACAUAUAUUUACACUUGUUGUGUAAAUCCCGUCUCUCAACGAUCCCCCCCCUUACCCCCCACCCCCCACCCCACCCCCCCAAAAAAAUUUAUGAUUGUAAAGUGGUUAUCCCACUGGCUAUAAGGUGAAUGAACCAAUUUGUAAGUCGCUCUGGAUAAGAGCGUCUGCUAAAUGACGUAAAUGUAAAUGUAAAAUAUAUUGCGUUAUUUUAUGGCUGGUUAUGAUACCUACAUAAGAGUGUCUAAACCCGAAUUUAUUCAAAUUAGUUUUUUUUUCCCUGCCAAGAAGUUUAUUUUCUAUGAAAGUGUGUUUCUUAAAUUAUUUUGUUGUGUUCAUUAAUUAUUUACAGACCGGUUUUGCUUCAUCAUAUUUUAAUUAACUAGUAGAAAAAUUACACUUUAUGCCACUGUCAUGAAGCAUUAUGACCAUCAAAGUCAUAAAGCCAGAUAGCUUCUAUCACUUAUUUGUCAGUCAUCAGUCAAAAAAAAGGGUGUCUUGUCUGUCCUGAAAAUCUUGUCUGCAUUCAUCCCAGUCAUCAGCAAACAGCGCAUUGGUGAUCGGUGCAUGCUGUGUGUGCGUAAUUAAGAUGAUUCAGUUAAUAUGGGCAAUAAAAACAAAUAUAUAACAUAAACAUAUGUGACGAGUAGGCUACGGGUUUUUUGUUUUUUGUAAAUGGAAGUUUUGCGUUGUUGUGGUAGUUUUGUAGGUUUUGACACUCUUAAGUAGGUGUCCAAAGCAGCCAUAAAAUAACACAAUAUAUGUCUAAAUGUGUCAUGACAGUGUUAUAACAUAUUAUGACAUGGUUAUGACCCUCUCAUAACAUGGGGUGUCAAGUAAAGUGUUACCGAAUAUGUUUCUAAACACUUCUAAUGUGGAUGAUUAUGGAUAAUCCUGAAUGAAUUGUGAAUAAUGAUGAGUGAGAAAUUUACAGACGCACAAUAUCAUACCCCCAAAAAACACUAACCUCCCCUGUUAUCAAAUCAAAUCAAAUUUUAUGCGCCGAAUACAACAGGUGUAGACCUUACAGUGAAAUGCUUACAUACAAGCCCUUAACCAACAAUGCAGUUUUAAGAACAAAUACCAAAGAAAAUCACAAAAAAAAUACAAUGUAAAAUAGUAAGAAAUAAAAGUAACACAUAACUAAAGAGCAGCAGUAAAAUAAAAUAACAGUAGCGAGGCUAUAUAUCUUUGACAAUUUGUAGGGCCUUCCUCUGACACCGCCUGGUAUAGAGGUCCUGGAUGGCAGGAAGCUUGGCCCCAGUGAUGUACUGGGCCGUACGCACUAUGUAAAGCCUUGUGGUUGGAGGCCGAGAAGUUGCCGUACAAGGCAGUGAUGCAACCAGUCAGGAUGCUCUCGAUUGUGCAGCUGUAGAACCUUUUGAGGAUCUGAGGACCCAUGCCAAAUAUUUUUAGUCUCCAUGGGGGGAUAGGUUUUGUCGUGCCCUCUUCACAACUGUAUUGGUGUGCUUGGACCAUGUUAGCUUGUUGGUGAUGUGGACACCAAGGAACUUGAAGCUCUCAACCUGCUCCACUACAGCCCCGUCGAUGAGAAUGGGGGCGUGCUCGGUCCUCUUCUUUUUCCUUCGUCUUGAUCACGUUGAGGGAGAGGUUGUUAUCCUGGCACCACACUGCCAGGUCUCUGACCUCCUCCCUAUAGGCUGUCUCAUCGUUGUCGGUGAUCAGGCCUACCACCGUUGUGUCAUCUGUAAACUUAAUGAUGGUGUUGGAGUCGUGCCUGGCCAUGCAAUCAUGAGUGAACAGGGAGUACAGGAGGGGAGCACGCACCCCUGAGGGGCCCCCGUGUUGAGGAUCAGUGUGGCAGAUGUGUUGUUACCUACCCUUACCACCUGGGGGCGGCCCGUCAGGAAGUCCAGGAUCCAGUUGCAGAGGGAGGUGUUUAGUCCCAGGGUCCUUAGCUUAGUGAUGAGAUUUGAGGGCACUAUGGUGUUGAACGCUGAGCUGUAGUCAAUGAAUAGCAUUCUCACAUAGGUGUUCCUUUUGCCCAGGUGUGAAAGGGCAGUGUGGAGCGCAAUAGAGAUUGCAUCAUCUGUGGAUCUGUUGGGGCGAUAUGCAAAUUGGAGUGGGUCUAGGGUUUCUGGGAUAAUGGUUUGAUGUGAGCCAUGACCAGCCUUUCAAAGCACUUCAUGGCUACAGACGUAAGUGCUACGGGUCAGUAGUCAUUUAGGCAGGCUACCUUUGUGUUAUUGGGCACAGGGACUAUGGUGGUCUGCUUGAAACAUGUUGGUUGAAAAUGUCAUUGAAGACACUUGCCAGUUGGUCAUCGUGUCCUGGUAAUCCGUCUGGCCCUGUGGCCUUGUUGACCUGUUUAAAGGUCUUACUCACAUCGGCUAUGGAGAGCGGGAUCACACAGUCAUCCGGAACAACUGAUGCUCUCAUGCAUGCUUCAGUGUUGCUUGCCUCGAAGCGAGCAUAGAAGUGAUUUAGCUCAUCUGGUAGGCUUGUGUCACUGGUCAGCUCGCGGCUGUGCUUCCCCUUUGUAGUCUAUAAUAGUUUGCAGGCCCUGCCACAUCCGACGAGCGUCAGAGCCGGUGUAGUAUGAUUCGAUCUUAGUCCUGUAUUGACUCUUUGCCUGUUUGAUGGUUCGUCGGAGGGCAUAGUGGGAUUUCUCAUAAGCUUCCAGGUUAGAGUCCCGCUCCUUGAAAGCGGCAGCUCUACCCUUUAGCUCAGUGCAGAUGUUGCCUGUAAUCCAUGGCUUCUUGUUGGUGUAUGUACGUACAGUCAUUGUGGGGACAACGUCAUCAAUGCACUUAUUGAUGAAGCCAGUGACUGAUGUACUCCUCAAUGCCAUCGGAAGAAUCCCGGAACAUAUUCCAGUCUGUGCUAGCAAAACAGUCCUGUAUCUUAGCAUCUGCAUCAUCUGACCACUUCUUUAUUGACCGAGUCACUGGUGCUUCCUGCUUUAGUUUUUGCUUGUAAGCAGGAAUCAGGAGGAUAGAAUUAUGGUCAGACUUGCCAAAUGGAGGGCGAGGGCGAGCUUUGUAAGCGUCUCUGUGUUUGGAGUAAAGGUGGUCUAGAGUUUUUUUUCCCUCUGGUUGCACAUUUAACAUGCUGGUAGAACUGAGGUAAAACGGAUUGAAGUUUCCCUGCAUUAAAGUCCCCGGCCACUAGGAGUGCCGUCUCUGGAUGAGCGUUUUCCUGUUUGCUUAUGGCCGUAUACAGUUCAUUGAGUGCGGUCUUAUUGCCAGCAUCGGUUUGUGGUGGUAAAUAGACAGCUAUGAAGAAUAUAGAUGAAAACUCUCCUGGUAGAUAGUGUGGUCUACAGCUUAUCAUGAGAUACUCUACCUCAGGCGAGCAAAACCUAGAGACUUCCUUAGAUAUCGUGCACCAGCUGUUGUUUACAAAUAUUCGUAGACCGCCACCCCUUGUCUUGCCAGAGGCUGCUGUUCUAUCCUGGCGAUACAGUGUAUAACCCGCCAGCUGUAUGUUAUUCAUGUCGUCGUUCAGCAACGACUCAGUGAAACAUAAGAUAUUACUGUUUUUAAUGUCCCGUUGGUAGGAUAUUCGUGCCUGUAGUUUGUCCACUUUAUUAUCAAGCGAUUGUAAGUUGGCCAAUAGUAUCGAUGGCAAAGGCAGAUUAGCCACUCGUCGCCGACUCCUUACCAAGCACCCCGAUCUCCUUCUGCAAUAUCUCCUUUUCUUUCUACUGCGAAUGACUGGGAUGAGGGCCCUGUCGGGCGUCUGGAGCAAAUCCCUCUCGUCCGACUCAUUAAAUAAAAAGUAUUUGUCCAGUGCAAGGUGAGUAAUCGCUGUUCUGAUGUCCAGAAGCUCUUUUCGGUCAUAAGAGAUGGUAGCAGCAACAUUAUGUACAAAAUAAGUUACAAACAAUGCGAAAAAACACACAAAAUAGCACGGUUGGUUAAGAGUCCAUAAAGAGUCCAUAAAAUGGCAGCCAUCUCCUCCGGCGCCAUCAUAUUGUAAAGGUGAGAGGUUAGUCUUUCUUUGGGGAUAUAAUUUAUAUAUAUAUAACUUUUCGUUAUUCACAACUAUCCUUAAUCAUGGUAGUAUCCACAUUAAUGUUUAGAAACAUAUUAUAUUCUUAUUUACAAUCAAAUUAACGCCCAAAAGACACAAUACAUUAUUUACCAUGCAUUUCCAUUGGGCACAAAAUAAUCUGAAACACAACCAAAACAAACAGCAAAUGCAUCGAACAAGUUUGUAGAGUCACAAACUUGAUGUAAUCAUUGCAUUGAAUAUGGGACCAAAUACUGAAUUUUUGACUACUUUAAUACAUUUGGUCUCCUAAUGUCUCCUGACUAUGUACAAAAAGUGUUGUAAUUUCUAAACGGUUCACCUGAUAUGGAUGGAAAUAACCUCAAAUUAAAGCUGAAAGUCUGCAAUUUCAAAUCCAAAGUGCUGGUGUACAGAGCCAAAACAACAACAACAACAAAAAUCACUGUCCUAAUAGCUCACUAUACACUACCGGUCAAAAGUUUUACAACACUCAUUCAAGGGUUUUUCUUUAUUUGUACUAUUUUCUACAUUGUAGUGAAGACAUCAACACUAUGAAAUAACACAUAUGGAAUCAUGUAGUAAUCAAAAAAAGUGAUAAACAAAUCAAAAUAUAUUUUAUAUUUGAGAUUCUUCAAAUAGCCACCCUUUGCCUUGAUGAUAACUUUGCACACUCUUGGCAUUCUCUCAACCAGCUUCAUGAGAUAGUCACCUGGAAUGCAUUUCAAUUAACAGGUGUGCCUUCUUAAAAGUUAAUUUGUGUAAUUUAUUUCCUUCUUAAUGUGUUUGAGCAAAUCAGUUGUGUUGUUAUUUGGUAAAAGACCAAAUCCAUAUUAUGGCAAGAACAGCUCAAAUAAGCAAAGAGAAACGACAGACCAUCAUUACUUUAAGAAUUUUUUUCAAGUAAAGUCGCUAUGAUGAAACUGGCUCUCAUGGGGACCGCCACAUUAAUGGAAGACACAGAGUUACCUCUGCUGCAGAGGAUAAGUUCAUUAGAGUUACCAGCCUCAGAAAUUGCAGCCCAAAUAAAUGCUUCACAGAGUUCAAGUAACAGACACAUCUCAAAAUCAAUUGUUCAGAGGAGACUGUGUGAAUCAGGCCUUCAUGGUCGAAUUGCUGCAAAGAAACCACUACUAAAGGACACCAAUAAGAAGAAGAGACUUGCUUGGGCCAAGAAACACGAGCAAUGGUUGUUAGACCGGUGGAAAUGUGGCCUUUGGUCUGGAGUUCAAAUUGGAGAUUUUUGGUUCCAACCGUCGUGUCUUUGUGUGGGUGAACGGAUGAUCUCCAUGUGUAUUUCCCACCGUAAAUAAUGGAGGAGGAGGUGUUAUGGUGUGGGGGUGCUUUUCUGGUGACACUGUCUGUGAUUUAUUUAGAAAUCAAGGCACACUUAACCAGCGUGGCUACCACAGCAUUCUGCAGCGAUACGCCAUCCCAUCUGGUUUGGCUUAGUGGGACUAUCAUUUGCUUUUCAACAGGACAAUGACCCAACACACCUCCAGGCUGUGUAAGGGCUAUUUUACCAAGAAGGAGAGUGAUGGAGUGCUGCAUCAGAUGAUCUGGCCUCCCCAAUCCCCCGACCUCAACCCAAUUGAGAUGGUUUUGGAUGAGUCAGACCGCAGAGUGAUGUAAAAGCAGCCAACAAGUGCUCAGCAUAUGUGGGAACUCCUUCAAGACUGUUGGAAAAGCAUUCCAGGUGAAGCUGGUUGAGAGAAUGCCAGGAGUGUGCAAAGCUGUAAUCAAGGCAAAAGGUUGCUAUUUGAGAAGCUCAAAUAUAAAAGAUAUUUGAUUUUUUUAACAGUUUUUUGGGUUACUACAUGAAACCAUAUGUGUUAUUUCAUAGUUUAUGUCUUCACUAUUAUUCUACAAUGUAGAAAAUAUCAAAAAUCAAGAAAAACCCUUGAAUGAGUAGGUCUUCUAAAAGCAUUAAAAAUAAAAAUGGUGUCAUACCCGUGGUAUGUCAUACCCGUGGCUUUCAGCCAAUCAGCAUUCAGGGCUGGAACCACCCAGUUUUAUAAUAAUUAUUAUCUCUCCCUUCUCUCCCUCUCUUCUCCUCCUCCAGAGUAUGACCUGGAACCCUGUGAAGAUCCGGGCGUUCCUCCCUACAGUACCCGUAAGGGGUUACAGUUUGGGGUGGGGGAUGUGCUCACCUUCUCCUGUUUCCCUGGAUACCGUCUGGAGGGGCCGGUGAGGGUGACGUGCCUGGGCGGGCGGAGGAGGGUGUGGAGCUCCCCUCUGCCAAGGUGUGUUGGUAGGUGGUCACACUAUUUAAUUUGGCUUUGUUCACACUCCUGUCCCAACCGCCCACCUCAUCGCCACCUCGCCCAAUCGUGUACAUCAACUCAUACCGCCAUGUUCCCUUAUACACACUAUCAUACACUUCCCCAUUCAACAACAUAUAUAUAUAUAUAUAUAUAUAUAUAUAUAUAUAUAUAUAUAUAUUUAUAUAUAUAUAUAUAUAUAUAUAUAUAUAUAUAUAUAUAUAUAUAUAUAUAUAUAUAGAGUACUACUCUUCAGGCUGGAUUAUGGUGAUAAAUAGAGUGGAUUAUGGUGAUAUAUAGAGUGGAUUAUGGUGAGAUAUAGAGUGGAUUAUGGUGAGAUAUAGAGUGGAUUAUGGUGAGAUAUAGAGCGGAUUAUGGUGAGAUAUAGAGCGGAUUAUGGUGAUAUAUAGAGUGGAUUAUGGAGCUAUAUAGAGUGGAUUAUGGAGAUAUAUAGAGUGGAUUAUGGAGAUAUAUAGAGUGGAUUAUGGUGAUAUAUAGAGUGGAUUAUGGUGAUAUAUUGAGUGGAUUAAUGUGAUAUAUAGAGUGGAUUAUAGUGAUAUAGAGAGUGGAUUAUGGUGAAAUAGAGAGUGGAUUAUGGUGAUAUAUAGAGUAGAUUAUGGUGAUAUAUAGAGUGUAUUAUGGUGAUAUAUAGAGUGGAUUAUGGUGAUAUAUAGAGUGGAUUAUGGAGAUAUAUAGAGUGGAUUAUGGAGAUAUAUAGAGUGGAUUAUGGAGAUAUAUAGAGUGGAUUAUGGAGAUAUAUAGAGUGGAUUAUGGAGAUAUAUAGAGUGGAUUAUGAUGAUAUAUAGAGUGGAUUAUGGAGAUAUAUAGAGUGGAUUAUGGUGAUAUAUAGAGUGGAUUACGGAGAUAAAUAGAAUGGAUUAUGGAGAUAUAUAGAGUGGAUUAUGGAGAUAUAUAGAGUGGAUUAUGGAGAUAUAUAGAGUGAAUUAUGGAGAUAUAUAGAGUGGAUUAUGGAGAUAUAUAGAGUGAAUUAUGGUGAUAUAUAGAGUGGAUAAUGGUGAUAUAUAGAGUGGAUUAUGGAGAUAUAUAGAGUGAAUUAUGGUGAUAUAUAGAGUGGAUAAUGGUGAUAUAUAGAGUGGAUUAUGGUGAUAUAUAGAGUGGAUUAUGGUGAUAUAUAGAGUGGAUUAUGGUGAUAUAGAGAGUGGAUUAUUGCGAUGAGGUGCCAUUGAAGGAGUCAGGCGCAGGAGGGUAAAUCACAGAAUAACAGGCUUUAAUCCGCAAAAUACAGGUUUACACAGAAAUGCGUCAAACACACUCCAGGGCACAAAACAGGCACACUGGAAAAUACAAGGCACACAGGAAAUACUCCUGUCGAUACAAAAUACACAAGCUCCACCAAGUUUCACUAACCUCCACAAUAAACAAUCACCCACACAGACAAGGAAGCAGAGGGAACACUUAUACCAUGACUAAUGAGGGAAUAAGGACCAGGUGUGUGUGAUUGAAGACAAGACAAAUGGAGUGAUGAUAAAUGGAUCGGCAGUAGCUAGUAAGCCGGUGACGCCGAACGCCGAAACCUGCCCGAACAAGGAGGGGAGGCAGCCUCGGAGGAAGUCUUGACAAUUAUGGAGAUAUAUAGAGUGGAUUAUGGUUAUGUGUAGAGUGGAUUAAGGUGAUAUAGAGAGUGUAUUAUGGAGCUAUAUAGAGUGGAUUAUGGAGAUACAUAGAGUGGAUUAUGAUGAUAUAUAGAGUGGAUUAUGAUGAUAUAGAGAGUGGAUUAUAGUGAUAUAGAGAGUGGAUUAUGGUGAUAUAUAGAGUGGAUUAUGGUGAUAUAGAGAGUGGAUUAUGGUGAUAUAUAGAGUGGAUUAUGGUGAUAUAGAGAGUGGAUUAUGGUGAUAUAUAGAGUGGAUUAUGGUGAUAUAUAGAGUGGAUUAUGAUGAUAUAGAGAGUGGAUUAUAGUGAUAUAGAGAGUGGAUUAUGGUGAUAUAUAGAGUGGAUUAUGGUGAUAUAGAGAGUGGAUUAUGGUGAUAUAUAGAGUGGAUUAUGGUGAUAUAUAGAGUGGAUUAUGAUGAUAUAGAGAGUGGAUUAUGAAAUAGAGUGGAUUUGAUGAUAUAGAGAGUGGAUUAUAGUGAAUAGAGAGUGGAUUAUGGUGUAUAUAGAGUGGAUUAUGGUGAUAUAGAGAGUGGAUUAUGGUGAUAUAUAGAGUGGAUUAUGAUGAUAUAUAGAGUGGAUUAUGGUGAUAUAUAGAGUGGAUUAUGGUGAUAUAGAGAGUGGAUUAUGGUGAUAUAGAGAGUGGAUUAUGGUGAUAUAGAGAGUGGAUUAUGGUGAUAUAUAGAGUGGAUGAAAUGGUUAGAACGGGUGAGUUCUGCAAAUGUCCAGGGUCACAAAAAAACGGCAUAUUUUAUGAGAAGGAGUAUUCAAAUCUUACCCAACGAGGUCCAGAGUAUUGCCGGUUUUCUGUUCUACUUGAUAAUUAAUUCCACCCACCUGGUGUCCCAGUCUAAAUCAGUCCCUUAGAGAGGAGGAUUGAAAACAAUCAUUGGAACUGGCUUCAAGGUCCAGAUUUUGAUGAUAAUACAGUAUUAAAAUGAGCCCCUCUUAAUUCAUAGAAUGUAACUAUAACCUAUGUAUAACUAACUGGAGAGCCAGUGGAAUCAUACCAAGAGGAAAACGGCUUAAACUGUUACAAUGAAAUUGAGAAAUACACUACAUGACCAAAGGUAUGUGGACACCUGCUCGUCGAACAUCUCAUUACAAAAUCAUGGGCGUUAAUAUGGAGUUGGUCCCCCCUUUGCUUCUAUAACAGACUAGACGUAAUCUUGGCAUUGUCAUGCAGAAACAGGAAAGGGCCUUUCCCAAACUGUUGCCACAAAGUUGGAAGCACAGAAUCGUCUAGAAUGUCAUUGUAUGCUGUAGCGUUAAGAUUUCCCUUCACUGGAGCUAAGGGGCCUAGCCCGAACCAUGAAAAACAACCCCUGACCAUUAUUCCUCCUCCACCAAACUUUACAGUUGGCACUAUGCAUUGGGGCAGGUAGUGGUCUCCUGGCAUCCAUCAAACCCAGAUUUGUCUGUUGGACUUCCAGGUGGUGAAGUGUGAUUCAUCACUCCAGAGAAUGCGUUUCCACUGCUCCAGAGUCCAAUGGUGGCGAGCUUUACACAACUCCAGCCGACGCUUGGCAUUGUGCACGGUGAUCUUAGGCUUGUGUGCGGCUGCUUGGCCAUGGAAACCUAUUUCAUGAAGAUCCCGACGAACAGUUCUUGUGCUGACGUUGCUUCCAGAGGCAGUUUGGAGCUCGGUAGUGAGUGUUGCAACCGAGGACAGACGAUUUUUACGCACUACGCGCUUCAGCACUCGGCGGUCCCAUUCUGUGAGCUUCUGUGGCCUACCACUUCAAAAUAACAGCACUUCCAGUUGACCGGGGCAGCUCCAGCAGGGCAGAAAUCUGACAAACUGACUUGUUGGAAAGGUGGCAUCCUAUGACGGUGCCAUGUUGAAAGUCACUGAGCUCUUCAGUACGGGCCAUUCUACUGCCAAUGUUUGUCUAUGGAGAUUGCAUGGCUGUGUGCUCCACUUUAUACAGCAGUCAGCAAUGGGUGUGGCUGAAAUAGCCCGAAUGAACUAAUUUGAAGAGGUGUCCACAUACUUUUGUAUAUAUAGUGUAUCUUAGAGGCCAGAUUUCCAGCAAUUAUAGUAUGAAAUGAAAGUAAUUUGUCUAAACGUUGAGAUUUUGACGUUCCAGUUGAAAUAGUUUUUAUUCCCUGUUAUCUGGUCUUCUGCUUUUUUCUAUGUUUGGGAGAAACUGGGUCAGGCAACAACAGCUGCACAAUAUGACUUUAGAUUUAGACGGCUGGUUGGAUGGUUUUCAUUGGUCCUUUUGAGGACACUGGAUUUGAGCAGUUUUUCUGUCUGUAAUGAAUUUCUAUUUAUGUUCAAUUUUGACAGAUCAAAACACUGUAAAUGUGUAGAAGGGUCACAGAUACUUUGAACUCCAUCCAGGUCAUCAGUUCUCAUCUCUCCUACAUUAUCCUCCCCUCUGCAUGCCUCCAUAGAAGCAUGCAUAAGUACAUAUUCUGGAUGAAAAUUUGGGAUGUAGUGGGACCUCUCUCUCUCUCCUCUCUCUCUCUCUCUCUCUCCCCUCUCCCCUCCCCCCCUCCCCUUUUCUCCUCCCCUCUCUCUUUUCUCCCUCUCUUCCUCCUCUCUCCCCUCUCCCUCUCUCUCUCUCUCUCUCUCUCUCUCUCCCCCUUUUUCUCUCUCGCUCUCUCUCUCGGCUCUCUCUCUUCUCUCUUUCCUCUCCCCGGUCUCCUCUCUCUCCCCCUCUCUUUUCAUUCCCUCCCCCUCCUCCUCUCUCUCUCCCCAAGCCCCUUUAAAAAUGUAUCCUCCCCGUAACCCGGGCCCCGGAGGGUCUUCCCCCUACUACCAAGGGUUACCCCUUUUUAAACCCCUUGUUCUCUCUUUCCCGACCCACCAGGAGGUCAAAUUUUUCCGGGGUCAGCCGGGCUUCAGACCGGGGCCCCGGCAAAAUUUUCCCUGAGGGGGAAAAAAGGUUUUGGGAUUUGUGUUUGUUUGUUUCAUGCUGCAUUGGGAGAUCUUUUCCCUCGAGGGAUGGUUGUGGAUUUAGGGAGGGGGGUAAAAUCCUUUGUUUAAAUUAAGGCCCUUCCCUUCCUUCCCCGGAAAAUUACCCCUUGACUUGGGUCACUUUGUUUGUUACAAGGGGAAAAUUUCAAUUAUUAAACCCCGGCCCCCAAAUUUUGGUUUAAAUGGGGGGAACACACCAAAAAUUUUUUUUUUUUUUCCCCAAUUAAUUUUUCAAAAAGGGGGGAAUGGGGGGGGGGGUGGUUUUUUUAAAAAAAGGGUUUUUAAAAAAAUUUUUUCCAAAAUUAAAAUUUAAAAGGGUUAACCCAAAGGUCUUUUUUUUUGGUUUUAAAUUUCCCGUUCACCCCAAAUUUGGUUUUUUGAAAAACCCAAAUCAGUUUAGGGGUAAAAAAUUUUGUUAAACAAUCAUAUAAUGAGUUGCCUGGACCACUAUAGUUUUUAAAAAGGGUUAAAAAAAAUUUCUAAACCCCUCUCUCCCCUCCCUCUCUCUCUCUCUCUCUCUCUCUCUCCUCUGUCUCCCCAUCUCUCUCUCUCUCUCUCUCUCUCUCUCCUCUCUCUCUCUCUCUCUCUCUCUCUCUCUCUGUCUCUGUCUCUGUCUCUGUCUCUCUCCUCUCUCCCUCUCUCUCUGUCUCCCCAUCUCUCCCUGUAGGUGUUUGAUGGCAGUAGUAAACAGGCUCGUCUGUUGGGUGUGUUCUCUGGGACUGAGCUGCAGGAAAACACUCUCAACUCUACAUCCAGCUCCAUGUGGCUGGAGUUCAUCAGCAACGCAGACAACACCAGCCAGGGCUUUGAGCUAUACUUUACUAGUGAGUAACAGGCACACACACACCCAUGCCCUCAGGUGUCGACCAAUGAUGGUGGAGUUUGAAUAGUAUGCUAGAGGCAGAAUCGCUGAGCCGUCAUUAUGCAACUUUCUAUACUUUAUUUUUAGUAUAUCUCUAACUCUUUUUUUUCUCUGCCCCAACUUUUCACCUUUCUCUUCAUAACCCUUCCUUCUCUAUUCACCUUUCACCUCUCUCUUCAUAACCCUUCCUUCUCUAUUCACCUUUCACCUCUCUCUUCAUAACCCUUCCUUCUCUAUUCACCUUUCAUCCUCUUCCUCUGUCCUUCCUCUGUCCUUCCUCUGUCCUCCCUCUGUCCUUCCUCUGUACUUCCUCUGUUCUUCCUCUGUUCUUCCUCUGUCCUCCCUAUGUCCUCCCUAUGUCCUUUCUCUGUCCUCCCUCUGUCCUCCCUCUGUCCUUCCUCUUCCUUCCUCUGUACUUCCUCUGUCCUUCCUCUGUCCUUCCUCUGUUCUUCCUCUGUACUUCCUCUGUCCUCCCUCUGUCCUUCCUCUGUACUUCCUCUGUCCUUCCUCUGUCCUUCCUCUGUCCUUCCUCUGUCCUUGCUCUCUACUUCCUCUCUACUUCCUUACCGCCUCUUUCUCCGUACCCUGUUAUCUCCCCUCUCCUCCUCUCUCAUCUUUGUGUUCAUCCCUUCGUCCGUCAGGUUUUGAUCUGGUGAAGUGUGAGGACCCGGGUGUUCCUCAGUUUGGCUAUAAGAGAGAAGAUAAGGGUCACUUCGCCGGCAGCACCGUGGGUUACAGCUGUGACCCAGGAUACACCCUGAAGGGACCCCAGAUCCUCACCUGUUUGAGGGGGGAGAGGAGAGCCUGGGAUAGCCCCCUGCCCCUCUGUGUCGGUAAGUGUACACACAGGGGUUGUCUGUGUGUUGGUGGUGGGGGACAACAACAGGGGUUGUCUGUGUGUUGGUGGUGGGGGACAACAACAGGGGUUGUGUGUGUGUGUGUGUGUGUGUGUGUGUGUGUGUGUAUGUGGACAUGUUUAACUAUACUUUUGGGGACCAGAUGUCCCCACAAGAAUAGUAAACCAAGAAAAAAUUUGACCAACUGUGGAUAUUUUGGUCCCCACAAGGUCAAAUGCUGUUUCUAGGGGGUUUAGGGUUAAGGUUAGAAUUAGUGUUAGGGUUAGGGUUAGUGUUAGGGUUAGGGUUAGGAGCUAGGGUUAGGUUUAGGAUUAAGGUUAAGGUUAGGUUUUUGGGUAAAGGUUAGGGUUAGGUUUAGGGUUAGGGGUUAGGGAGAAUAGGAUUUUGAAUGGGACUGAAUCGUAUGCCCCCACAAGGUUAGCUGCACAAGACUGUGUUUGUGUGCAAGCGUUAUUCAACUCAUUCUGUGCCGUACAGCCUCUUCCCACCAUGUAGCGCUUCUCUCGCAGAUUAAAAACAAGAAAUUAUCAAUGUUGAGUGUAAUGGUGAAUGUAAAGUUAAUUACUCGUGAGUUCAUCAAUCGUUAAUUCAAUCAACUGUUAAAUUGACUCUAAAAAAAACGUGACACCCACAGUUUAAUUGUGAAGAUAUAUUUAGCGCCGCCCUAAAAACCCUAUUCAAAUUCGACACAAACCUUCAAAUGACACAUUCUAUAAACUCUUUAUAGUGUAUUAUUUAAAUUUUAGAGGUGAUAAGUUGGACAAAUCGGGUGAAAAAAGCCGGUUCCCCACACAACAUUUCUCCCCCUUUCACCAUGACGCAGUAGCUUUCACUUCCCCACCAGCCAGUUUUAAAAAGACCCGGCGGAGCUCCGUUGCCUUCUUCAAUCAUGCAGAGACGGGCAGCAGGAAGGUCUCACCAUUGACUUUGCUGGAAAGGGGAGAAAUUGUGCUUUACAAUGGUAUUCAUAUUACAGUUGACCUUGGAAGUAUUACGUUUUUGGGAUGCUAAAAUAAGGUCAAAUGUACGGGACAGAGCGAUCUACAAAAGUGCGUUAGCUACCGUUACACCCUUCCAUUAUGGGGGCAAACAGAAAACUGACCUAAGUUCAGUAUUUAUGGGCACUAUCCUACCUAAGAUCAGUAUUUAAGGGCACUAUCCUACCUAAGAUCAGUAUUUAAGGGCACCAUCCUACCUAAUAUCAAUAUUUAAGGGCACUAUCCUACCUAAGAUCAGUAUUUAAGGGCACUAUCCUACCCAAGAUCAGUAUUUAAGGGCACUAUCCUACUCCAGUCCUCUGCUCUCAUCCCCUUUCCUUCCCUAUUGAAUAAUGUAGAGGUCCUCUUUGACAGCCUUUCACCAAGCUCUCUAGGUAGAGGUCCUCUUUGACAGCCUUUCACCCAGCUCUCUAGGUAAAGGUCCACUUUGACAGCCUUUCACCCAGCUCUCUAGGUAGAGGUCCUCUUUGACAGCAUUUCACCCAGCUCUCUAGGUAGAGGUCCUCUUUGACAGCCUUUCACCCAGCUCUCUAGGUAGAGGUCCUCUUUGACAGCCUUUCACCCAGCUCUCUAGGUAGAGGUCCACUUAGACAGCCUUUCACCCAGCUCUCUAGGUAGAGGUCCUCUUAGAUGGCCUUUCACCCAGCUCUCUAGGUAGAGGUCCUCUUUGACAGCCGUUCACCCAGCUCUCUAGGUAAAGGUCCUCUUUGACAGCCUUUCACCCAGCUCUCUAGGUAGAGGUCCUCUUUGACAGCCUUUCACCCAGCUCUCUAGGUAAAGGUCCUCUUUGACAGCCUUUCACCCAGCUCUCUAGGUAAAAGCAGAAAGGGAACAUUGUUUUACUCUAUAAAAACUGUGGAGAGAGAGAGAGAGGAGGGAGGGGGAGUGUGACCCUCUUAAGUUGUCAAUAGCAACACACAUACACUCACGAACGCACGCAAAAUGUAUCACACAUACACACACACAAACCCCGAUCAAACACACAAAUCGAACUUACCCCGCCCCGCACUCACACGCCCUCAUAUUCACCUCCCCCUCUCAGUUUGUGUGGAAUGAUGAUUAAACGUAGUGUAUUAGGAUGUUCUCACAGGCUGUUCUGUGGCCAUCCUUAGAAAACUCGCUCACACAGCUCAGCUGAGUGUGCAGGGGGGUUGCAUAAGGACACACGUCAAUGCCAGAAUUGCAGAGACAGACACGUGAUUUCCAAACUUGCCACAGUCAGGGGCAUGUCCGCCUUUUCAAACCAAAUGACAGGUAUACAGACAGAAACCUAUUUUCACUUGUUUUCCUUCUUCCCAGAGGAAACAUGUAUUGUUGAGGGGAGAUGGGGAGACAUUCAGGAGAAGCUGA